UGGGGGGGGGGGCAGCAAAAGAUGCUCUGACAUCUAGCGGCUGAACAAGGAAGGAAUGAACCCAGCGAUGGCCUCAGAGGACACUCUAGUGUGAAUUCACUGGGAAAAGUUGGCAUGGAAAAAAAGAGCGGGAGGGAGGUGGAGGUCAGAAAACAAGUAUGAGUUUGUCCAAUUUGCACGCCUCCAUCCACAACACCCCUCCUCCUCAUCCCUCCGUCCUGUUUACCUAGCUACUUGAAAGCUUUCAAAGGACUCCUGUGUUAGGUGGUAAGCAAGGGGGAUGAGGUGGGGAGCGAGCACAAAUAAGUACAAAUAGCAAGCACCAUCACAACAUCUCUCCUACCAAAGUUGAAGAUCAGAAGUGGGCACAGACAUGCUUUGCAAAAUCUUUCUCUUCCUCUCACUUUGGUUUUUGUUGCCAAACUCGGAUGCAGGAAGACAGAUGCCGAAACUUUCAGCUCGAAAACGCUGCGCUGACUCGGAAUGUAGCUAUGCUAUCCUGAUAGCGCGUGCCAUUCAGGACUAUAACCCCGCAGACUGCAGGUUCAUCUCCAUCAGACAGGGGCAGCUUGUUUACGUCUACGCUAUGCUACAGGACACUGGCAACCUCUUCUGGGCAGGCAGUGUUCAGGAUUCCUAUUAUGGAGGACAGGAGGCUCGAAUUGGUCACUUUCCCAGCACUGUGGUGGAGGAGGUUCAAGCUCUUGAGCCAGCCAACACAGAAGUCAAGACGACUAAAUGGGACUUUUACUGUAACUGAAAUGGAAUCCAUCAGAGGUGAUACGUUUGUUUAUAUGACAAGAUUAUACAGCAGCCAUCAUCAUUCGGUACACCUGCAGAAUCGGGGUAAUUCGCAUUGUUGUGGAAACACUGCCUCAUAUUAAAUGUAGGAUAUAUAUUGAAAAUAAAUUUUGAAUAUACGCUAAUGCAUUGCAACUGGUAAAAUAGCAAAAUAGAGUCAAAUACGGGCUCAGUAUUUGGCAAACAGUAGACAAUGAUUGCCUUUCUUAUGUAGCACUUUAUGGCAUGUUAUGCAACAUCUAAAAAGAAAAUUCUCAUUACAUAUUGUGGGUUAGGUUUUGAUGUCCACACUAAUAAUAAUAAUAAACAUCACUUUGUCAAAUCUA